CUCCUAUCCGGUCGCCACUUUCACAAAUCCAACCUCCCUCUCCCGUCUGCGUCUCUCCAAGCCGACUGCCAUCAAGGUACUUCUCUCUCAUUUUUCUCUUCAAUUUCUUCCAUUUUCUUCUAAAUUUCCCUCAAUUCUCCCUCCACACUCCUCAAAACUUAAUCUUUCCAAGCCGAAUCAUGUCGGAUAUGGAAAUUGUCCCUAUUGAAAACCCUAACCCCAACCUCAUCCUAAAUGCCUAUACACACGCUAAUGUCAUUGAGGGACGUGUUCUUAAGCAUGAGGACUACCCGGAUGCCGUUCUUGCUCUAGUAGAUGAGCAAGGUUGGACCGAAUUUCUCCAACUUGAAGCACCGGUCUACCCAGACUUGGUGGUCGAGUUCUAUGAUUCUCUUCAAUAUGCCUGCAAAUCAAACGUCAUCUUGUCAAAAGUUGUGGGUGUUGGUGUUAGCAUAUCCGUUCAAAACCUCGCCGAUUGGUUCCGUCUCCCUCUUGAAGGUCUAACCACCUAUACCAAGAAGGGAUGGAUGGCCGAGUUCGACUCCUUUUCCGUUGACGAGUGCCUCACACUUCUAAACACCAAUCCUAAAGCUGGAGAUACUUCCCUUCGCCGUCCGGAAGUUCAAGGCCUAACGGCAAAUAACUUCAUUCUUCUAAAAAUCAGUCGAGAAAACUUAGUUCUAGUCGUCAAUAAAGACAAACUUGUUGGAAUGCUUCUCCUCUACUAUAUUCUCACUCACCGCCGCAUAAGUCUUCCACACUUCAUCAAUCAACACUUAUUCGAAGCAUCGGGCAACCUCAAUCGUCCUUAUGGGAUGCUUCUCACUCACAUCUUUGCAAAACACGGGAUUCUUGAGCUAAGCCCCUCCCGGUUUCGAUAUCUUGAUGCCGAAUGCCUUGGGUAUUUCGGCCUUGUGAAGAUAGGAGCCACAUACUAUAUGAAGCGCAAGUUUGAGCGCCUAGAUGAUGCCACCCGUGCCCGCUUUGGACCCCGACGCUCUACAUCCUCCGUAUCACGCCGUGGGUCAAGCUCCACAAAUCCUCAAGGAGACGAGAACGAACCGGAAAAUGGUCCACCCACAACCCGACUCAAACGCUCAAGGACAACGGCUAGGGGUACCUCCUCGUCCACCCAAGACUCAUCAGAGAACUCCGUUAUUAAAGAGUCAUUCAACAAGCUCAAGGACUUCAUCAAAAAUAAAGUGGUGAAUCUCUCAAGCGUUUGCAUGAACAGAUGGAUAGCUUUGAUGCCCGCGUCACUAGAUUAGAGGACGCCAAAAACCGCUCCAAAGCCAAAAGUGAUCGUGCCUCUCUCCGUGGAAAGCAAGCUUUGGGCAAAAGCAAAAAAUGAUCAAACAUUUU